AUGAUCUGCUGCUGCGCCGGCGGCGCUGCAAUCAUUCCCGUCUGCCCUCCACCGCCUUGGUCCUUCUGCUCGGUCAUGAUCGCCCACGUCGAGCUAAUUUCCAUCGACCGACUUCCUUGGUCCGGAUUACUAUUUUUUCCUGGUCCCCACCGGUCUCCCUUGGCCUCUCCUCCGUUGCUGUACCAUCCCUUCCGUUUGACGCCUUCUUAUACAUACACCUCCGCCUCUGCUUCCCUCCACCAUUCCCCCCUCCAUCAAUCACGACCUCGUCUCUUGUCUUGCUUUUUCCCUGUUUCCCCCCUCUACGUGGCUAUGUGGACGAACUGA